CAAACAUCCCGUUGAUUAGCAUAUUUUUGGCUAAAACAAUUAGUUUGGGUAUAAAGAGGAGAGUCUGAGGCACAAGAAGAGUCAGUUUGCGGUAAAAAGGUGUUCAGAGUAAAGUUGGAAUUAGAAAGAAAAUAGAAGGAUUUUUUGAAGAGUGUUUUUAAAAUCCCAUUUGAAGAAAAACAAUGAAGCUUUUCUUCUUAUUGAUCCUCGCAAUUUGUGCAGUCAAUGUCAUUGGCCAAAAUACAGAUAUAGUCGUAACUUCAACUGAAAGUGCAACCGAAGCUACAACUGAAGCUACAACUGAAGAGCCCGGCGAGGAAGAUGACAUAGACGAUGGUGAAAUUUUUAGAGAAUAUACCAAAAAGUUUAGAGUUCAUUUCCGUCGUCGUUCAAAUUUCACUGAAAUCAGACGAAACAUCGUCAACAGAUUCCGUUCAGUAGCCAAACAGAACCGUCGCUUUAGACAAGGAUUAGAAUCAUUCAACCGCACCUUAUAUCCAUUCUCACAUCUAUCUGAAGAUGAAUUCAGUGAUAAUUAUCUUGGAGCAAAUCCACCAGACCCGAACGAGGUGCUUCCAUUGGUCAAUGAAACUGAGAAUGAAGGUCGUCACGGUAGAAUGACUGAACCACCAGAAACUGACUUUGAAUGGCCAGAAUCAAUUGUUGGACCUGUCAAAAGUCAAGGACAAUGUGGAAGUUGUUAUGCAUUUGCAGCUGUUGGUGUCAUAAAGAGUCGAAUGGCUCUCAAGUAUGGAUCAAAUGUCUAUGACUUAUCUGAACAAGAUGCAAUGGAAUGCUCAAGAGGAUGUGCUGGUGGAUGGGAUUAUUCAAUUUAUCGCGAUUAUUCACAAGUUUAUGGUGGAUGUGCUGCUUAUAAUUACAUGAAGACUCACUCUUACACUGGAAUUUCUUAUUAUUGCCAAGCUUCGUCACGUCCAAGAGUGCCAAACUCUAAAGUCAUUCAAUAUGCAUACUUACAGAAUAAUGAGAAGACAAUCAGGACUUAUUUGUACAAUUAUGGACCACUUUACACGAGAUUUAAUGUUUAUGGCAAUUUUUAUGAUUAUUCUAGUGGAAUUUAUAAGUCUGCUAGUGGUAACUACAUGGGUGGACAUGCUAUAAUGCUCGUUGGAUGGGGCGAAGAAAAUGGCGUCAAAUACUGGAAGUUAAAGAACAGCUGGGACUCAUGGUGGGGCGAAAAAGGUUACUUCCGCAUGAUUCGUGGCAACAAUCUUUGUGGAAUUGAAGCGAGUGUGUCCGUCGUUUUAGACAUUUAAGUUUAAAAAGCUCAAGUUCAAAAGAAUUUCUUUUAAAAUA